AUGAAUGUGGUGAUUGCGGCAACGUUCUUCAGUGUUUUGGCCAGAUUCACGCGCAAUUGCAAGGCUUUCCUGGGAUUCUCUUGGCAUCUUAGCUUCGAAGGAAUUCUGGUCUCCGGGCCUUCCUCGAAUGGCUGCACUGAAGAGCACGCAUUCAGGCUUAUCAUCACAAGCGUAACAGUAUGCUUAGAUUCAAAUGCUCAACCGUCCUCUUUCAAGAUGGGAAUGUGA